UCUGGUGUUUUGUUCAUUGUUACAAUUCCAACGCAACAGGAGGAACAAAAUCUGAACAAAGAAGUACAUUUAAAACCGGAAAAUAGUUCCAAAAAUGAGAACACAAAACAAGACAGUGAUAAGUGCAAAAAUGGAGUAUUCAAAAUUAAUGGCCCAGAAGGUUUGCUGUGGGGAAGCGAUGACUAUGGAGAGUGUGCUGGAUUGUUAAAUAUUGCACAAAAUUCAUCGAUGGAAUGUAUUAUGAACGAGCUAUUUGAAAAACUCAACAUUGAUAAUGCAGUUUGGCAGCUAACGAAAAAUACAAAAUACUAUCAAAUCACAUUUUUUGUUGAAACAAAUGCACGACACGAAUUAAUUUUAUCCACGCUGAAUGAAUGGGGCAUCGGACAGCGAAAUAAUUCUUGCAUGUCAAUGAUCCCGAUUCCUAUUUAUAAUCAAUCGACAACGAAAACCGUUGAGCUUGACCCCAGAACAGAGUUAAUAGCUGAGCAAAAGCAAACGACAUGGGAUAAGUUUGUGAAAUCGGCCCAUGCCAGAUACAAUGUUGCUAAAAUCGUGGAUCGAGUCAAACGAGAUGCAACGCUUACAUUUGAUUUUGUUACGCUUAUCAUUGUGGCUGGAAUGUUGGCUUCAUUUGGACUUAUUGAAAAUAGUACGACAACUUUAACAUCGAGCAUGCUCAUAUCACCGCUUAUGGGGCCGGUGAUUGCCACACUUUUUGGAAUUGUCAUCAAAGAUCACGCAUUAAUUCGAUUCGGUCUUGUAAAUGAAGUUAUUGGCAUUCUAUUGGCAACCGCUAUUGGCUUCAGUUUUGGGUUGAUUAUAUGCAGUUUGGAUAGUGAAUAUGCUUAUGGCUCAAAACGAGCUCUUACAACCGAAAUGAUUAGCAGAUGUGAACUGCAUUCAGUGUUGAUUGGUGUCUUUACUGCAUCCUUUACUGGUGCGGCCGCAGCGAUUUCCGUUUUGGGCGACAAUGUCGGCUCUUUGGUCGGUGUAGCUAUUUCAGUUUCUUUGUUACCACCUGCCGUCAAUGCGGGAAUCUUUUGUGCAUUAGCUGUUUUAUAUAAAUUGAAUGAGAAUGAUGAAAAUCUCUACAGUAAAGUGGUCACCACCAAUUAUUAUUCAAAUCACCAGUCAAUUGAGCUCACUGUAUAUGGUGCAAUUAGCAUGCUAUUAACGAUUGUUAAUGUUCUUUGUAUUUUAUUUGUGGGCGUUAUCAUUUUAAGAAUCAAAGAAGUGUCACCUUUAACAAGAAAUCAGAGUCAAUUGUGGAAGCACGACAUAAAAGUGGCGCGUGAUUAUAACAGA